CACCCAUGCUCGCGCCUUCCAUAGAAAGGGCUGCGGCCUGAGCGGCAUCGCUGCGAGACGCCCCGGUCCACGAGACGUGAAGGCUGAAGGAACCACAAGGUGGGGCUGCCCACAGCACACAUGGCACCGGGCCGAGUAAGCCUGCCGCCCGCCGUCGCCGCGAACCCGCUCGCGCGCCCCGUCCCGCGACCCCAGCAGAAGCGCAAGAAGAAACAAGAUGGCAUCAGGGGCCCGGGCGGCGUGCGCUACGGACUGGCGCAUCAUCUAGAUGAGCCGUCAGAGCUCACCGAAGCGAACCCCGUCAGGAGACGACGCAAGGCCAUGCGUCGAGUCGAUUCUCAUAAACCGGUCUUCACGGACCUGAUGAAGGCGGCCGCUGUUGGGAGACAGUCGGAGGUCGAGUAUCUGCUCACGCAACCAGAAACUCUAUUAACACUGUUCGCCACGGAUCGAAGCGGGAGGAACGCCCUGGAGUGGGCCCGGCAGAAGAAGUUUGAUGGAUGUGCUUCUCUGAUUCAGGAAGCCAUGUCUCGAGAAGUGCGCGUGCGCGCGGAGGACCGCGAGGCUCAGGAGCGCAUUUUUGAUUUGAAGAGGAUCGUGCGGACGAAUGGGCGCAUCCGGGCCGUCGUCGAGCACGCGAUCAAUGAAAGAGAUAUAGUUACUAUAUCAAAUUGUGUGGACGGAGCAGAUUUCGAUCGCCAGGAGUAUGUCAGAGCCUGCAAUUUACUCCAGGGCUACAUGAAUAGACAUAGCGACGAGACGAUGAUCACGGACAACUCUCAAGAAGAAUUUGAUCCGGACCCCGAGGCGUACUACGUGGACGUCGAGACGCUGGCUGGUAGUGAUUCAGCGUUGAAAAUCUGUGAUCUGAUGGCGCCACGCGUCGAUGGCGUCGAGGUGGCGCUGCCGAGACGCCGUCGACGAGAGAUCGCCCCGCCCGCACAAAUAUCUCACAAAACGACAACGCAGGCACGGCGCUCUUCGUGGCCUGCGCCGAGAACCAGGUCGAACUCGCCGACAAACUGUUAACAUUAGGCGCGGUCGUCGACUUCGAGAACCAGCGAGGCCACACGGCAUUAAGUUGGGCGUGUGUGUGCGGCGCCGACAAAGUCGUGGAACUCUUAUUAACGCACGGCGCCGACCCGAAACGCAAAUCUAAAUUGGAGGAACGCGUACCGCUCGCCCAUGCGGCGCAGCACGGCCACGCGCGGUGCUGCCAGAUCCUCCUGGACCGAUUACUGUUCGACGCGCAAAUGAAGAGACAUGAGUUACUCAAACCGGGCCGCGAUUUACCGGAAAAAGAAGCUUAUGUGGUCGAAAGGCACUGGAUGCGCGACUUCGAAGAAAAUGUAUCAUAUGUCGAUCCUGGUACGGAUCUAACCGCCCUCGAGUUAGCCAAGACGGCACCGGACUGCGACGACUGCGUGAAGGUCUUGGAGAUGGCCGAAGCAAGAGUCUUACAACGUAAACAAGAACUCGUGGCGUUGGACCUGGGCCAAGCGCCCGUCCAGUGCCCGCGCGAAUGCGGCGCCGGCCUCAUGCAACAAUGUCGUUUGACCUACCAUAUGUUGAAUGAAUGCGACUUGAGGCCGACGGGCUGCGAUAAUUGCGGCGGGACCUUACCUUUGAGGUAUCUCCAACAGCAUAACGAGACCGAAUGUCCCGCGCGGAAAAAAGCCUGUAAGCUCUGUGGUGUCCAAGUGCUACUCCCGCAGAUGUCUGCUCAUCAUAAUUUCUUGUGUAGAAUGCGGUUAGCGGCUUGUCGACUCGGGUGUGGUGCGCAGUUGCCCGUGACACAGUUGCCAAGGCAUGAGGUCACGAAGUGCAGGUGGCGAGGAGUGCCUUGCCCCAUACCGGGGUGUGGUCGCGAAAUCCGAGCGAAAGAUCUUAAGCAGCAUAUGAAGGAAGAAUGUUUAAGGAGACCGGUCGGGUGUCGACUAGGUUGUGGGCUGAAGGUGCCUUACGAGGAACGCGAACACCACGAGAACAAUGUUUGCACUAGACCAUGCAUGUGGUGUGGUGAGCGCAUAGGACCCGAGAGUCGUAGGAGGUUGCACGAGCGCUUCCACUGCCCGAAGAGGCACGUGCAGUGCCCGAAUUUGUGCGGCGUCGAGGGCGUCGCGGAAGAAGAUAUGGAGGCGCAUUGUAUCAAAGAUUGCCCCCUGUAUCCGUCGGCGUGUCCGAACGGGUGUGCCUGGACGGGUUAUCGGAGGGAAGUGCGCAUCCACAUCGACGGCGAAUCCGGGAGUUGUCCGGAGCGGAAACGGAGGUGUAGGUACGACAUGCUGGGACGACGUAUUCGAUUCCGAACGAAUGAACAACCCCCUUGCCAUUCCCACGAGCAGUACAAGGCCGCCGAGACGGCGUUUCGUAUGAUGGACGCCGAUGGCGACGGUGAGUUAACUGCAGCUGAGAUCUAUAACGCCCUCGUGAAGCUGGGCAUGCCGCAGACCAUCGACUAUGUCCGGGAUAUCGUGGAGAAGGCCGAUGAGGACGGGAACGGGACUGUCAGUCGUAGGGAGUACCUCGAUGCUGUCGCAGCAGACUUGAUACCAGAGGGCUGGAACCGGAAGUGGGAGACGGGUCAACUCAGGAAGUAUGAUGUAUCUUCCGAUCAAUACUUAGUUUUUUGUUCUACAAGACCACCUCAACAUAUGCGGCUCUGUGAGAUCGAGGGGCUACAGAUCAUCGAUUCCCAUGGAUACAAGUGCGGCUUCAUCAAGGGCAAGGACAUGGCUGAACACCUUUCAGAAGGUUGUUGUAGUAAACCCUUCGCCGGUCGAGUUCCGGACGAUAGUGAUUCGGACGAACCGAUCGGCUCGCCACUAUCACAGUCCUCGCGCUCCUUUGUGUCAGAUGAUAGUGAUAUGGAAGUGCCGGAGGGUAAAGCACGACCACGAAUAACAUCUCUGGAAGACGCCUUCGGCAAGCCGCCGGACAUGGAGGGCAAGAUCAUUAAUCCGAUAGAUGUGGACCCUGAGACAGGUGUGGCUUAUGGUUCGACGGCAAAGCGGUGCAAGUACGGCUGCAACGCGUCGUUUCCGUUGAACGAGUUGGGCAUCGAUGCCUAUCAACAUCAUCGAGAUAACGAGUGCCCGAAACGGCCCGUGACGUGCGAGUACUGCGGCGAUAGCUCGUUGUGGGCCGAAGAGAUGGACGAGCACCUACUCAAAUGCCCGGUCAAGACGUACAAACCCCCACCGCCGGGCUACAAGUGCGCCUGCGGCGAGUGGGUCCUUCGCAAGAAUCAGAUCGACCAUAGCGUGACCUGUGUGGCCAAGCAGCAGUACUGCCCCGGCGGCUGCGGUCUCAAAAUGCUUGUAAGUGAGGUCGAAGUACAUAUGAAGGAGAAGUGCCCCAAGAGGCACCUAAGACGAGGUGUGCUCGUGGAUUGUCGGUUAGGGUGCGGCGCGUCGGACAUCCCGUUCGCGUUGGAAUUCCAACACAUCACGACGGAGUGUCCUCGGCGCAUCGUCGAGUGCGCGCCGGGCGUCGGGGGCGGCUGUCUGGCGACGUUUCCGGCGAGCAUGUGGGAGGAACAUGCGCACGUCUGUCCGUGCCGACCGGUGCUCUGUGGCGCGGGCGCCGAGGGCUGUGUGCGGGAAUUGCGAUCGUGGGUCUCUCAGGACAAACGGCUGGUGAGAUGCGACGUCCACAACGCGUCGGCUUUACUCUUUGCCGUGCGCGCGAACGACACGGGUCUGUUGUACCACUUGAUCGACGCGUGUAGCAGAAACCAGCAAGAGUUAGAGUUAGAAGCAUCGGACGGCCACAAUGCCUUGACCAAGGCCUGUGAAGAUGCGAAUCUAGAACACAUUGAGAUUUUGUGGCGAUGUGGCGUGAACGUGAACCGAGAAACAGGAAGGGGAAGAACAGCCUUAAUAGAAGCGGCCAAGAACGGCCACCAGGACGUUUGUAGAUUUUUGGUGGAUCGAGGUGCGAACAUCAAACACCGAAAUAGAUUAGGUAAAAGCGCGCUGCAGUGGGCGGCGCUGUCUGGCCAUGUAGCCGUGCAAAGGCAGAUGCGGAGGGACGCCGACGUCCAGGAGUCCAUGGCCGUGUUGUUUACGCAUGUUACUCGCGGGGAUUUGGCGGCGGUCCACGAAGUGGUUAAAGAAGGAGAAGUGCAUACGACCGGAUGCAUUUUACAGCUGUCGAAUGAGUUACUUGAAGAAGAUAGAUUGUUGGAAGUCGCGCAAACUUCCUUGAAAGCCUCGGAGAAGGAGCUUAUUGAAUUUCAGCAGAAGGAAAGGGAAGGCUUGCACAACUUGGCGUCUUGCUCUCGGCUAGCUUCAUUGGUCGAGGGCCUGGCAGAUCAAACGCUAGACGCUCGUAAAAGACUAAAUGCCAUGAGUGCGGAAAAACACCGGAGAUGCGCGUUGCAGCUGAAAACGAUCGAAAGUGCCGAUCUGUCCGAAGUGAUGGAGUUGAAGAGUAGUGCCGUUGCUGAUAGGGUCUAUAGGGUCUUUGUUUUAUGCUGUAUGUUGCUAGGAGUGGAAAUACCGGAAGGUAGCAUGGUGAGGAAGCCCGAGGAUCCGGUGGGAGAUGCGCAAGUCAUCGUCGAUAAAUGCAAGAAGAAGUUAGAGAGGGCGCAGUCGCUGCCGGACCAACCUAAAGCCACGGACACGGCCGAAGAGGUCAAGACCAUGCUCGCGGAGAAGAAAGCCGCCGUCGACGAGGCCAUGGCGAAGAUGAACGACGCGCUGGAGGGGCUGGAAACAGCUAAGAAUAGAGCCGAAGCGCUCAAAGUCAACGAGAAGACGAACGUACCUACGGAGCGCGAGAAGAAGGCUAGAGUGAAGUUACGAGCCCAGACCUGGCGGGCCUGCAAGAAGCUGCUGAAGAUGAAGCCGUCGAUCGAGAAAAGAUUACGGUUCUUCGCUGAAGGGAGUGCGCCGAUUGACGAUGAAUUAGUGGACUUGCUAAGGGAGCGGUACGGCGACGAAGCUUGUUUCAAAAGAGAUCGUGAAAAGAAAGGGCAGUUUGAGAAACCUUCAACGGUUGUCGAAGAGGAGGACGACGACGAGCCGGACGAGUCGCAUCUGAAGCCGGAGGAUCGGACGACGCCGGAGGAUCGAGCGGCCGCGCGAGCCGUGAAAGCCGCCGCGAAGUACGCCAACGAGGUCGCCGACCGGCCGCCCUUCUUCACGCUGGAUGGAGAUACCGGGACGGCGGUCGACGCGAUCUCGAAUGCCGAAGUGGAGGGCUAUCAUGUCGUCGGUGUACUGGCUUUAUUUGCCAAUGCGCACAUCGCGUCUUGCGAGAGUGCGCAUGCGCAGAAACGCCUGGAGAAUACGGAGAGGCAGUUGCGCAGUCGUUUUGACGACGAUCGCGCACCGGCAUUACUAGCUGCCAAGCGCUACGCGUAUGUGGCGCAUAGUAGAGUGAAGAUGGUUCGAGAUGAAAGAGACCAGUGGAUCAAGGAGGUUUCUUUCCGUAAAAGAAGAGUGCGCGCGUGGGAAGGUAAAGUACGAGCGGCUCGCGUGCUGCAGCAGUACACGCCGCAGGGCCACUCGCUGUUGACUUGGGCGUGCUGUUUAGGUAUAGAACAAAUAGUGGAGGAGUUGUUAGAUCACGGGGCCUGCCCGGGCGUGCCUGACGUCGUGCUGGCGGAAGCCAGUCGUGUCGUCCAGCUCGUCUUCAGACACCACUUAUGGCGCAAGGAACAGCGGAAGCGCAUCGAAGCGUCGGCGUAUGCUCGAUCAGCUACGGAGCGAGCCAUGCGCACACGAAGAGAAACGGAGCACUGCUUUGAGUUAGCUAGGGUGCUACAGGUGUACAAAGACAAGCGGGGCGCCCACCGCGUGCCGUUAUGUGAAGCGGCCUACAACGGCAACCACGAAUGCUUCGAGGCGUUCAAAAGACGUAAAUUGCUCAGAGGUGGAAGUUCUUUGUAUGAAACGGUACUAUACCCCGAGGCCCACUUCCCGUAUCGACGAAGGCAACCCGACGAACCCAAACCAAAGUAUAAUGUGGACGAGUGCGCCAAGUUCGGUGCGUCCGACCUACGAAUGAUGGACUGGCGCCACGGCGUCGGCUGGGUAUACGACGAGGAAACUCCAAGGUCGUUGACACUAAUUGCGGCCGAGGAGGCCUGGCAGGGCCACCUGCAGGCGGUCCGAGCCGGUAUCCAAUCGAGAAGCGACAAGGUACGUACCAGAAAGGAACGGGAAGCCCACAGGGCCGCCGUCGACGCCCUGGAGGAGGCCUUGCGAAAAGACGACUUCAUGCGCAUCGGCCAGAUAUUUGAUGAAGGAGUUGUUCCGGUGGACCACGAGGACCCGUCGACGGGCUUGACGCCGUUGAUUGCUGCUGCGCGUGAGGAUACAUCGAUGGAGACGCGCAAAAAGUGCCUUAAUGAUGCCAAUGAAGUUAUUUUAGCGGUGGCGUUUCUGUUGGAUCGACCGAAAAGAAGGCCGCUCGUGGACAUGGAGAACCGAUGGGGCAACACGGCCCUUACGAUGGCUAUUUGCAAGGGUCGCGCGGAUGUCGUCGAGGCUUUACUUGAGAGGGGUGCUGAUGUUAAUCGCAAAUCGGAAGGGAGGAAGGGCUGGACUCCAUUAAGGUUCGCUGCUGAAAGGGACAAGCCGAAAUGCGUGGAGUUACUAUUAUUGCGGGGUGCAGACCCCAACAUGAAAGGUGACGAUGGUCGGACGCCCUUGGACAUCUGUGUCAAGCGGGGCCACAUCGAGGCGCAAGCGGCUCUCCAGAGGACGAUGCGCCAGGCGUUCGUUGGGAGUGUGCAGAAGCGCGACGCCGCGUUACUCCAAGUGUGCUGUGCGUACGGGUGCGGCGCGUUCGUGCCCCAAGAGUCGGACGAUCCGCAAGCGUACGAAGAGCACCACGCCCAGUGCCCGAAGCGGCCCGUCACCUGCAAGUUUUGUGGUGAUUCCGAGUUGUGGGCCGAGGAGCUGGAGGCGCAUCUCGAGUUGUACUGUAAAAUUAGGCGCAUCAUGGACUGUCCUCUGGGAUGUGGUAUUACUUUCAGGGAAGGCGACUUGUCCGAACAUUUGGUAGAGUGCAAGAACCGCGUGGUCGUCUGCGACUGGUGCGGCGUCGAGGUGUUUGAAAAUUCCUACAAGACCCACAAGGACUAUAGAUGUCCCAUGAGACCGAAAGUAGAAAAGAUAAGACCACCGACGCCCUUAGAUCCGGAACCCUGCGAGUUGUGUGGCGCCUUUUAUUUCAUGGACAAGAUCUCGCCGGAGGCCCACGACUGUCCCGUCAUCCGCGUGGCGCCGUGUCCGAACAAGUGCGGUGUGUCAUUGCGGCCGCCCGAGCUCCAAGAACAUUUGAAGAGAGAGUGCACGCACCGCUGGGUGCCGUGUGAGCGGGGAUGCGGCCUCAAGAUCCGAAAAUGCGACAUGCGCAUGCAUCUGGACGGGCCCGGGCCGCCUGGUAGUAGGUGCGGGCUCGUUGAAAGGUACUGCGACGAUUGUCAACAGCCCGUCAAAUUAGCGUUGUGGGACGCUCAUUUAUCAUCUACUUGUCCGAGACGGAAAGUCUCGUGUCCCUUAUGUGGUACCGAAGUUUAUGCGAACGAGUUGGACAAGCACAAAUCUGACAAGUGUCCGAUCCGCCUGGUGAGGUGUCCCAACCAAAACUGCUACAAGGAGCUGCCCCUCAACCAGAUGAAGGUCCAUGCGACGACGGAGUGUCGAAAGAGGGAGUUGAAGUGCCCCCAGGGCUGUGGCCUGCUGAUGAACGUGAAGCGACUCGCGAGGCACAUGACGCACCGCUGCCCGAAGCGGUACGUCGAGUGUCCUUUACAAUGUGGUGCUAGGUUUAGGGCCGAGGAGGAGACUUAUCACCUGACGCAGCAGUGCGUGAGAAGGCACGCGGCCGCGCACACGGGCGAUUUGGACGCGCCGUCGCCCUCGAAGCUGGACAUCGAAAAGGAGGCGGCGCGGAAGGCGAAGAAAGACCGGUUUGCUGCUGGUGUUUAGUUCCGGCUUGGGGAACCUAAGAAUUAUUUGUGUUACGUACUUCCGCCGUCCGUGUGUGAGCAAUCAUGAUG